ACCACCAUUUUCAGCCAUAAGUUACAUACAUUCAACUACGUAUUUCAGUUCACUCAGCCAAUCCAUAAACAUCUUACUACCUGCAUACAGCACAACUUAAACACAAAGCUUGUUUUGGUUUAAGUAAGAUGCGUCUCGAAGCGCUUCUUGCUCUUUCGAGUUUCUCCCUUGCGCCCUUUGCCCUUGCCAGAGUGCUUCCACGUGAUGAUUCAUGCGACGCAUCUGCACCAACAGCCACUAGUCUCAAAGCCGACAUCCGUGCUGACACUGACCGCGAUGGCCUCGUCGACCUCACAGACACCUCAGACUCUGAAGGCAAAGCCACGUGGACUGCCGACUCUGGUGCCAUCUUCCUCCCCAACAUAGGAGACACGGACAAGCGUUGCUCUAAAGAUCUGCUCAAAGGCCCUGCCGUGAGCAAUGAGAAGCUCGACCGCUGUAAUGAUGCUUCUGAUAACACACUGCGCUCUGAGCAGUUCCUUGCUCCGCUCCGUACAGUCCCCAUGCCCAGUCUUCCCGAUGGCGCUUCUGGCCGCAUCUAUAUAAAGGACCAAGUGCAGCGCAGCAAUGUCCGGAUCUUCCACCAGGCGAGCUGUAACAGCACUUGGACAUACGUUGACGGAAACUCUACUUUUAGCGCAGCCGCACUCCGCAAGGGUCUUGUCCUUGGUAUUGAUGGGCGCGAUGUCCGUCGUCCCAAUGGUUGGGAUGGUCGAGCCCUUGUGACUUUCGAUGUCAAGAGCUCCAAUGGCACUUCGUCCGAUAGUGUCAUGCUGCGCGUUGCCCCCGUUCUUACCCAUACCCACCUCGACCCUGUCCAGCAGGUCAUUGGUGUCAAAGGCAAUGAUACCGGCGCGCCAUAUCUCAACCGCUUCAACCAGCAACUUAAGGCCGCCGUCAACGAAUCUGGCCUGGAAGAGGACCUCUACCUCUUCUCUGGGAGCGAUGACAUCUGGGCUCAGGACUUUAUGGAACCUGGAUUCGCUUCUAUGCCUGGUCCUGAUGGACCCAUCAGCUUGCGGAUCAUGAUCCGAAGUCCACAGGACGAGCGUGUUGCCGGUCGCCAGUUGUUCGAGUACUAUCGCGACACUGGCAUUGGGGCGGUCCAACAGCUUGGCGGAUCACGUGACGAGAUCAAUUCCGGAGGUAAUAUCGAGACCAUUCCUCCUUAUGAAUUCAACGGUACUUCUUGGCCUGCGGGACGUUUGAUCCUCGGCAAUCACGGCAAACAGAGCCACGCUAUGCUACCGUUUUUCCGGGCUCAAGAAACCCAAGAUCCUCUUCUUCUCGAUACCGAUUGGCUAGCCAUCGGGCAUGUCGACGAGUUUGUCCAAUUCGUGCCCUUCGAUUCGGAGCGUGGUUGGAUUAUCAUGGCUGAUGAUCCCAUGGCGGGUGUCAAGCUGCUCCAGCAGAUCAAAGCUAGCGGGCAGGGCUCACAACGUGUCUUCUCUCGUAACAAUGACACCAUUUCACCGAAUCCCUGCAACGACUUUGGUUGCCAGCCUAUCCCUGUGGAGUCUACCACUAUCAACGAAAUACUCGCCAAUAAGGACCUCAUGUCCGUGCAGGAGCAAUGCGCCAAGCGCAUUGAGGCUAACUUGCAAAUCCUCAAGCAAGCGACCGGCGUCACCGACGAUGAAAUUAUUCGCCUCCCUGCUCUGUUCAAGCGCCCUAGCUUUAGCUUGCCUAGCGAUGGCUCUUUUCCCAACUUUGGCAACGAUAGCUCUGUUACUAAUGGAACCGACUCUAAUGAUAGCUCUUUCACUAACGGGACUGAUGUGCUCAAAGUUGGCGCCUUGAUCCCUGGCGUCAUUAACGGCCUUGUCUUGACUGGCUACGGCACAUAUAUCACGCCGAACCCAUGGGGUCCCCUCGUCAACGGCACAGAUAUCUUUGCCCAGACGACCAAGUCGCUCUAUGCCAGUGUCGGCAUGGACGUCAUUUUCAUUGAUGACUGGAACACGCACCACAACUAUGGUGGAGAGAUUCACUGCGGAACCAACUCUGUUCGGGACAUGGAUGUCGAGUGGUAUGGAGGAGACAUCAACGGAGACGAUGAAUUUGAUGGAUUUGAUGAAGACGGCGGAUAUGGUAAUUAUACGAUCAACUCAGUCGGUGCUAACAAUGCAACCGAUUCCAACGAUCCAGACGAUGUCAGCGAUCCAGAUGAUGCCGACAGUGGAGCCAAUGGCGACAACGGGGACAAUGGCAACUGUGGAGAUGAUGGAUAUGGGCCCGGAAAUGGAAAUUUUACUCUCUCUUAGAGUAGAUACGAUAUCAUGUCACGAUGGGUGUACCUCAUGUCAGAUCGCCGAAUAGCGAUAGCUCCUGCUGUUUGCAGCUCAUUUCCAUUCAUCCACUACACCAAAUUUCACUCAAUACAUAGCACUUCACAUAGCUCGAAUUCCAAUUACCAGAAUCUCGUU